AUGCUUUGUGGUGGAGAAGGAAAGAAAUGGACUUGUGGGAAAAGUGGUGUUGUAAAUUUGCAAAAAGUGGCUUCUUUAGUCCGGGAUCUAAGCGAGCCUUGUCUUUCACAACCAGGGAUACAGCUUCUUUUAUCUAUCGGCAAAAUGCUUAAGCCAGAGAAGUGGAGGGCUUUUUUUGAUUGUGAUGGAAAGGUUUCUGGUUUCCAGAAGGCACUCAAAUUAAUUAUCUUAGGGGGGAUCGACCCAUCAAUAAGAGCUGAAGUUUGGGAAUUUCUUCUUGGCUGUUACGCAUUGAGCAGCACCUCUGAGCACCGUAGUCAGCUCAGGGAAGCUCGAAGAGAACGGUACAAUGAUCUGCUGAAACAAUGCCAGAUGAUGCAUUCAAGUGUGGGAACUGGUUCACUUGCCUAUGUUGUAGGCUCUAAAGUUAUGGACAUGCGAAAAUCAUACAAGAAAGAGGUUGUAAAGGAAUCUACAGAUGGAAGCACAGAAGCUUCUGGUAAUGAGAAAACUGAAGAUCACGGUGAUUGGAGUAAUAACGAUACUGACACGUCUCAGGGACACAGAAGGGGAAGUUCUAGUGAGUCUGUUGACAUAGUAAGUGGAAGGGAAAGUCCUGAAAGCACUCAUGUUGUGGAUGGUGUUUUUGACUUUCCCACUCUAGCAGUCACAGAUUUGUUUGCGAGUAGUAGUUUAGAUAAGAAAGAGCUCUCUACUCCAGAUGAGGAAGCUUCAGUUCGAAGUGAGUUAAGAUCUGAGGAUGAGGGAAUGCACAGUUUUAGAAUUGAUAAGAACGCAGAUCUAGUUAUAGAGUCUUCUUAUAACAACAACAGAUCUGCAUCAUCUACUCACUCAGAGAUUGAAGUGGUACAUCCUGACUCUGCUGAACAACUGUCUCAUUCUGGCUCCACGGUUGAGAUAGUUGAUGUUUUGAGAAUAUCAGAUGUCCCUGAAGUGUCAUCAGCUAAGGAGACUCCUUCUCGUGGUGGAACUGUCACGGAAGAUAGGAUGUCUGAAUGGCUUUGGACAUUGCACCGAAUAGUUGUUGAUGUGGUAAGGACAGAUACUCACCUUGAGUUCUACGAGGAUCCAAGAAAUCUAGGAAGAAUGUCUGAUAUCCUUGCUGUCUAUGCUUGGGUUGAUCCUGCAACUGGUUAUUGCCAAGGUUCCACAUAUCUCUUGUGUUGGGUUUGCUACUUGUUAUUAGUUGACACUAACUGUCUGGUGGCAAAUCUGAUGACAGGUAUGAGCGAUCUAGUGUCUCCUUUUGUGGUUCUCUUUGAAGAUAAUGCAGAUGCUUUUUGGUGCUUUGAAAUGCUCAUAAGAAGAACGCGUGCAAAUUUCCAGAUGGAGGGGCCAACGGGAGUGAUGGAUCAGUUGCAGACACUGUGGCAUAUAUUGCAACUCACAGAUAAAGAAAUGUUUUCUCACAUAUCUCGUAUUGGUGCUGAAAGCCUUCACUUUGCGUUCCGGAUGCUGUUAGUGUUGUUCCGAAGGGAGUUGUCUUUUGAUGAGGCUCUAAGGAUGUGGGAGAUGAUGUGGGCUGCUGAUUUUAAUGCCUCUGUUGCUGGAACUUUGGAGAAUGACUGCUUGGAGCCGUUGGUGAUUCAGCUUCCGAGACAAUCAGAAACUGAGAUGGGAGACCCUAAGAUAGAUGAUGGAAACAGGAACAGUACAGCUAGUGAACCACCUUUGAAGUGCAGCGACAGAAUUUCAAAGAGCGGACCAUUGUCAAAGAGCAGUCUGUUGUACAUAAGCAGUCUACUGCCAAAAAGUGGUCCAUUGCCAAAGACUGGUCCACUCUCUGAUGAUAACGAUACUGAGAUGAAGUCAGCAUCAUCUUCAUAUAACUUCUGUGGGCUGACAAGAAGCUUAUGGUCUAGAAACGAAAGAACACACGUCUCUUCUGUAGUUUCAUCUUUUGAGAAAGGAGAUGAUCCUCUUCCAGUCUUUUGUGUGGCAGCGAUCCUAAUCAUGAAUCGGCAUAAGAUCAUGAAGGAAGCUCGGUCAAUAGAUGACAUGAUCAAGAUUUUUAAUGACAAACUGCUUGCAAUUCGAGUGAGAAGAUGCAUACGCACAGCCAUGAAACUACGUAAAAAAUACAUGUACAAGAAUCAGGUAAUCAAGAUCAAGAACCACUCAGUCCCAGAUACAGAAUCAAACCACAUUGCAGAACCAGAUCCCGGAAGAGAUUCAAAGUCAUGA